CAGAAACAAAAUACCCACAUUUUCCCUCACCCUCAAAAGAAUCUGAUUUCCUCAACCUCCCUCUUGCUCUCUUUCUUCUUCGUUAACCUCAUUUUCUCACCAAGAUAAGCUAUUCAACCAGCACCCGCCAGACCACACGCAGCCAGCCGUCGGCUGCCGCAGUUAGUCGUCGGCUGCCGCAGUUAGUCCCACGCCGCCAGCAGCCGCCAGGAUCCCCUGCCUACGCGCCUUCUUCUCCCCUCUUCCUCAUCUUUGCUGGCUUCUUCAUCAAGCAACGUAUAGAGGUAUAAGCUAAUGCUAGAAGGCUCAAUGGCAGUGGUUAAACCAGAGGUGGAGGUUGACAUAUCGACACUUAAGCAUUUUCUCAACUUCAUUUUUCCUUAUAAUAAGCUAUUCAACAUAUCUCAAAAAAACAAGCCCAUCUGAUGUUUAUUCUUGAGUUAGAUUCUCUUGGAUAUAUUGUACUUUUACAAUAGUAGGUCAAUAAAAUAAGAAAGUGUCGAGUCGAGAAUCAAUUAGCAAAUGCAACCACACAAUUGAAGGAGAUUAAUUUGCUUCACUUGAGUUCCUUAAAGAUAUGAUAAGAUUGGAGAAAGUUAAACUGCAAAAUGCAUAAUGCUCCAGAUGAAGUCUUAUGUUUGGCUUCAAACUGCUGAUGGCUCAAUUCAACAAGUAGAAGAGGAGGUUGCAAUGUUUUGUCCUAUUAUAUGCCGAGAAAUACUUCAUAAAAGCAUGGGAUCUUCUAAAUUAAAUGCUAUAGUACUUCCAGAGCGGGUUAAUCCGGCUACCCUGGGUUUAAUUCUGGACUAUUGUCGAUUUCAUCAAGUGCCUGGUCAUUCUAUUAAGGAGCGGAAGGCAUUUGAUGAUAAGUUUAUCCGAUUAGAUACUAAAAAGUUGUGUGAGUUAACAUCGGCUGCUGAUAGCCUUCAGUUAAAACCCUUGGUUGAUCUGACAAGCCGUACACUAGCUCGAAUAAUUGAAGGAAAGACUCCAGAGGAGAUACGUGAGAUAUUCAAUUUGCCUGAUGAUCUCACAGAGGAAGAGAAGUUGGAGCCUUUAAAAAAUGUGACAGAUGAUCCUCGCAUUCGACUACUGAAUCGGUUAUAUGCUAGAAAGAGAAAGGAAUUGAAAGAACGAGAACAAAAGAAGAAUAUAGAAGUUGGUGAAGAGCACGUUGAUGAACGAUCUGUUGAUGAUCUCUUGUCCUUUAUAAAUGGUGGAGAGAAAGAAUCCAAAGGAGCUAAAUCUGGUAAAAGUAAGAAGAAAAAUCGCCGGAAAAAAACAAACAUGAAAGCGUCCACAAAUAAUGGGAACGGAGACCACAAGGAGGCAAAUGGUAUAUCCCAUUUAUGUGAUAAUGGCAAAACUAAUGAUGGCUUGGUGUUGGAUUCUGGUCCUAGUUCAGAAUUUCUGGAUUGUAUGAGUCCUUUUUCAGCUAAGCUUGACUUUGAUGAUGGUUAUAUUGAUGACGAUCUAGAUCCAGCUAUGAAAGAAAAGCUUGACAGGGAAGUAGAAGACUUUGCUCGGAUAUUGAAUGCCGACUGGCCUGACAGAAUGCAAGAGAUUCUUUCAUUGGGGCCUGGAAGGAGGCUAGCCCCCAUUUCCAUAAAUGGCAAUGGCUCAUCACAAAGAUAUACAGGUUUGCAAAGAAGAUAAUAAUGAAGCGAGAGAGGCCUGACACAUUGUUGAUUGUGUUGAUUGAGCUCUUCUCUGUGUUAUAGUUUGUUCGUCCUUCCAGUGUGCAUAUGUUUAUUUCUUGCACACUGUAUUAGCCAUGCUAACGAGAUGGGAAAGGACGGGUUUGUUGCAACAUCUGUAAAUUAUUGGGGUUGAGCUAGCGGUGCUGGAAAUUUGUACUUUUAAUUUAGCAAUAGCUUUGUUCUUUGUAUACUUUUCUGGAUUUUGGGUGCUACAUUUUUCCCCUAUAGAAGUUCUUGAAUCCCGAUCCCCCUCCCUUUUUCUGCUUCAAUAAAGUUCAUUUCUGUAUCACUGAUCAAUAUUUUUACAUUGUUGUAAACUUGUAUAGAAGGCAUGAAUUUUUAAUUAUUUUUCCUGGUUAUUAGUAUA